UUUGUUUUAUUUCAGAAUAUCACGGGGGUGCAAACGUUUUGGUCACAUGGAUUCCUUCUUAAAUUUGUGCCAAGAAGAGGAGGCAUUUUCUCCAGCAAUGAAUUCCUCAUUUCACCUGCAUUUCUGGGAUCUCAACCUGAAUGCUACAGAGGGCAACCUUUCAGGACCAAAUGUCAAGAACAAGUCUUCGCUCUGUGAAGACAUGGGCAUCGCUGUGGAAGUGUUUCUGACUCUGGGUCUCAUCAGCCUCUUGGAGAACAUCUUGGUCAUAGGGGCCAUUGUGAAGAACAGGAACUUGCACUCUCCCAUGUAUUUCUUCGUGUGCAGCCUUGCAGUGGCUGACAUGCUGGUGAGCCUGUCCAAUGCCUGGGAGACCAUCACCAUAUACUUAAUAAACAACAAGCACCUGGUGAUAGCAGAUGUCUUUGUGCGUCACAUUGACAAUGUCUUUGACUCCAUGAUCUGCAUUUCCGUGGUGGCUUCCAUGUGCAGUCUGCUGGCCAUCGCGGUGGAUCGGUACGUCACCAUCUUCUACGCCCUGCGCUACCACCACAUCAUGACGGUGAGGCGCUCUGGGGUGAUUAUCGCGGGCAUCUGGACCUUCUGCACAGGCUGCGGCAUCGUUUUCAUCAUUUACUACGAAUCCACUUAUGUUAUCAUUUGCCUCAUCUGCAUGUUCUUCACCAUGUUGUUCCUCAUGGUGUCUCUGUACAUACACAUGUUCCUCCUGGCACGGACCCACAUCAAGCGCAUGGCAGCUCUGCCUGGAUGUGGUUCCGCACUGCAGAGGACCGGCAUGACGGGCGCCGUCACCCUUGCCAUGCUGCUGGGCGUGUUCAUCGUGUGCUGGGCCCCGUUCUUCCUCCAUCUCAUUGUGAUCAUUUCGUGCCCCCAGAACCUCUAUUGCUCUUGUUUCAUGUCUCACUUCAACAUGUACCUCAUACUCAUCAUGUGCAACUCUGUGAUCGAUCCUCUGAUCUAUGCCUUCCGCAGCCAAGAGAUUCGGAAGACCUUUAAAGAGAUGAUUUGUUGCCAUGGCCUCAGAACCGCCUGCAGGCUCCCGAGCAGGUAUUAA